AUGUCGGAUGAGACCAGACCUCACUGGCCUGUCCGGCAGUGCUCGGCCUCUGCUGAUCCAGUCACUCGGGACCGAAGGAUAAAGCGACUGGAGACUUUCAUCGACAAGGCCAAACAGCGCAAGACCACCUACCGGGAGCCCCUUCGAAAACCUUCCGGUGGAAGCUCAAUCCGUCGAGUUCGCACCGCCCCUGGCCUUGUCCGGAGACGCUCCUCUACCCUUCUGUGGCUCGCUCGACCUCGCUCGAGGGAUUCGCACACACCGAGAGACUCCAGUGCCGAGUCUCUUUUGCGCCGUGUCGGUCACCAUAUCAAACCUCGUGCUCAGUCUCAAGACGUUUUACCUGAAAAAACGCCUUCAGAGGAAAGUGUCGGCUCCUUGUGUUCGGCUCCCGAGGUCCUUGGUGCCCGUUCGUCGUCCAGCUCUCCAGCUACAUCCGACGCCAGCGCUGUCAGUUCCUCCAGUCAGAAUCAACUCCAUCGUUGUUGCACACCGUCGCUUCACCUCUGCACCUAUCGAAGGUCAUCAUCGACAAGGGCAAAUGCUUCCUCUUCAUCUGAUCACGACAGUCCUUCAAGCUCAUCUGCUGCAUCGGUGAAAAGCGCUUGUGCAGAUACCGCCAUCACUUUGACCGAUGUUCAUGUAGUCAAGGUUCCUUCCGGCGAGGGAAAUAGGCGCCUCACACCAGGCCAAGCAGCUCCUAGCCCAAGCAUGCACUUGAUUGAAUCCGCACAUGGCUCUUACCAUGUUCUUUGGGAUGAGCCACCUUCUCAUCACCUGGACAGUUCUGAUGUGGAUUCCACAUCGGUCAGCCCUGAAGAAAACGCUUCGCAAACAGAACCCCCCACUGGUCUUGACCGAGUCAAUACGAAACUGGAAGAAUGGUCCUUUGCAGCGCGGGAAUGUACUGCUCUCGACAAGAGCAGGAGCCACCCUCACUUCCAACCUUACGUUGAGGUAUACCAGGAUGAUUACGACUCUGUCUUCGCCAUGGAAGACGAUAGCAAUGCCCUUUUCAUGGCUCCACCAAACUCCAAAGACGAUACUCCGGGCUCUUCCGCCUUGGCUUCCCGGCGCGGCAGCGAAACAGAGACAGAGUGUGCAGGCAGAGCUUCACCUUCAUACGGCGGCCGUCUACAUUCCGAUUCGUCUUCUCCGUCUUCUGACGAAACCAGCCCUCGACAGCAGCACGGAGAUGAUGUUUUCGACGCCCUUGCCGUGCCGCAUCAGCUUCGGGUCAACGAUGAUCUCCUCUUGACAGGUGGAUACUACAGCCCUCGGCCCAACAAACUUCUAGCGCCUUCGGAUAGUCUCAGGGAACAAGCUCGCUCUGCGUCGAGUCUCUCAAACACUUCCGACAUGUCCGACAAUGCCACGUCUCUUCUCGCCAACCACCGCGACUCGGUUGUUCUCAUGUCGGAACGCACUCCCGACGAGUUUCCCAUGAGCAACCAAUGGUCUCAUCGUGAUUCGGUCGCUCUAGCAAAGGACCGUAUGAAGAAGAAGCAUGCAAAGGAGACUGGUGAAGCAUAUGUCAGUGGAGUCGGCAUCCUUAAAGGUGUGCGGAAGGGUGAUGUCGAACGGACGACUCCUCUUGCCAUUCCUCGGGUGCAGCAGGUUACCACUCUGAUGGGUGUGUUGAGUCCCAUUGUCGACGUGAGUCCACCAAACGUAAGGACAAUGGAUGAGUCACAUGAGAGGAGGAUCGACGAUAUGGCUGAAAGAGUGUGA